AUGCUUCUGCAUGGUGUCGGCUUGGCUGAUGCUGGCGGCACAAGAGAAGUUGCGACUUCUGACUUGAUAACGGCGGUCGGUGACGCCAUAGGGCGUGCCUGCAUCCAUGGCGAUGCUGCCCUGGCUGCAGCCGACCAGGGCCCACCAAGGCCGAGCAGCCCGCCACGGCCUAUCGUGCAUGUCCACGCGAGCUUGUUUCAAACGGCCGCAGUCGACGAGUCAAUGCCGGUGCAUGCUCGCGUCCAGGUGUACUACACGGUAGACGGCGGUCGUGGCCGUGCCAUUGGCCUGAGGCUUAUCGUAGGCCUGGCAGCUAUGUCAGCGGCUGUACUGUAG